CCCUGGUGGCGUCUAAAACCCUGGGUUUUCCGAGAGCGUGGGGCGAUCAGCGAUGGCCAUAGAGAGGAAUUUGAUCGAAGAAGAAGGAUGCCUCCAUCGUUUCUACAAAAUUGUUCUCGGUUGGGACUAUCUCCGCCUCCUCAAAGAAUCAUCGAAAAAGAACAAAAAUGCUGCUAAUGAAAAGGAUUUGGGUCUGAAACAAGUUAAGGACACUUAUAAAGAUGUGGAUGAUUACCUUGCCACAUUUGAGCCUCUCUUAUUUGAAGAAGUUAAAGCUCAAAUCGUACAAGGCAAAGAUGAGGAAGAAGAAACGGAGUGGAAGAUGGGUAUAGUAAUUCAAUGUCAUGAAACCGGUGGAUUUCAUCUACCAGAGGUAUUUGGUGAAGACUGGGGAUCUGUAUCACAGAAUGACUUACUAUUGCUGACAAAAAAGAAGUUUGGAGAUGAUAAAGAACUUCCCACUACAUAUGCAUUUGCAUUAGUUGAACAUCGUCUACCAGACAAGAUCAGACUCAGAAUGCAAUUAGAUGGAGAACUAAAGCGAGUAGAUAAAGAUGAGUUUAACACUUCCAAAAGGCUGAUGAAUAUGCGUUCUCUUAUUGGAGAACAAAACAAACCCUGGAGCAUCAUGAAGAUUUGCAGUUUAUCAACCAUAGCUCGUGAAUAUGUUGCUCUGCGUUCAAUUAGCUUCUUGCCAUACAAGGAUUUGAUAUUAACAGCUUCUGAUAGUGUUCAUUGUUCUGAAGAUCAAGCUUGGAAAAUUUCUAAGCCACUUAUGGAGUAUAUUCAAACUAAUCAUAACACAACACAGCUGGAAGCUAUACGUGCAGGUCUUUCACGCAGAAAGUUUGUUCUUAUUCAGGGCCCACCAGGAACAGGAAAAACACAAACAAUUCUUGGGCUUCUUAGUGCCAUAUUACAUGCAACUCCAGCUCGUAUACAUACCAAGGAUAAAAUAAGUGAAGUAAGACGUGGGCCAGAUUUAGAUAUUCAAGACAAAUACAAUCACUGGGCCAAAGCUUCACCAUGGUUAUCUGGUAUUAAUCCUAGAGAUGCAAAGAUGCCUAAAGAUGGUGAUGAUGGUUUCUUUCCCACUACUGGUAAUGAUCUGCAACCAGAAGUUGUGAAUUCUAGCAGAAGAUAUCGUGUACGUGUUCUUGUGUGUGCUCCAUCAAAUUCUGCACUUGAUGAGAUUGUGUUACGACUCUUGAAAACUGGCAUACGCGAUGAAAAUGACCGUGAAUAUACUCCUAAAAUUGUUCGAAUUGGUCUCAAGGCACAUCAUUCUGUCAAGGCAGUAUCGAUGGAUUACCUUGUGGAACAAAAACUUGCAGGCAUGGAUUUUCAAACUGCUGAUAAACAGAAGCAAGGUGGUGCUGGAAGGGACAGAGACACAAUGCGUGCUUCCAUCAUGGAUGAGUCAGCAAUCGUUUUUUCCACUCUUAGUUUCAGUGGUUCGAGUCUUUUCACAAAACUUAGUCGCGCUUUUGACAUUGUUGUUAUUGAUGAAGCUGCUCAAGCAGUGGAACCAGCUACACUAGUCCCUUUAGCCAGUGGAUGCAAACAAGUAUUCUUGGUUGGUGAUCCUGUUCAGUUGCCUGCCACUGUUAUUUCUCCUGUUGCAGAGAAGUUCGGUUAUAGCAUGAGCUUAUUUAAAAGGUUUCAAAAGGCUGGGUAUCCAGUACAAAUGCUCAAGACACAAUACAGAAUGCAUCCCGAGAUAAGAAGCUUCCCUUCAAGUGAAUUCUAUGAUGGAGAAUUGGAAGAUGGGGUAGAUGUUAAAGACAGGACAAAGCGUGCAUGGCAUAAAUACCGAUGCUUUGGGCCGUUUUGUUUUUUUGAUAUCCAUGAAGGAAAAGAAACACAGCCUUCAGGGAGUGGAUCAUGGGAGAAUGUUGAUGAGGUGGAUUUUGUGUUGUUAAUGUACCAUAAAUUGAUCAUUAGUUAUCCAGAGCUGAAGUCAAGUGAUCGGCUUGCUAUUAUAUCACCUUACAGACAUCAAGUCAAGCUGUUUCGUAAUAAAUAUAAGGAAACAUUUGGUGUGGACUCGGAGAAAUUUGUUGAUAUUAAUACGGUUGAUGGCUUCCAAGGAAGAGAAAAAGAUGUUGCCAUAUUUUCUUGUGUUAGGGCCAAUAAAGAGAGAGGGAUUGGAUUCGUCGCUGAUUUUAGAAGAAUGAAUGUUGGUAUUACCAGAGCAAGGGCUUCUGUCCUGGUGGUUGGGUCGGCUGAAGCACUAAAACAAGACGAGCACUGGAAAAAUCUGAUUACAAGUGCAGAGGAGAGAAAUUGUCUCUUUAAGGUUUCUAAGCCAUACACAGAGUUCUUGACUGAAGCUAGCUUGGAAUCCAUGUUAAAAGUGGAGGCUGUAGCAGAGGGAACAGGGUUAGAUGACAUGGAAAAUGAUGCUCUUUAUGAUCCAAUUGAACCUGAUCAAGGUUUACCAGAUGAUGAUUAUGCGGAUGAUGCUGGUGGAGGGGAUGAUGAUGGUGGUGGCAUGGAUGACUAACAACUAAAAUGAUAUUUUAUUUAAUUGUGAUUUUUUUUUGGGUGCAUGAAUUGAUUAUCAUAUCACCCCAUUAUGCUAUUUGAUCCCAAGUUACAUAAAUAGUGUUAGAUAAGAUAUUUACGAGUCUUGGUAUUGAAUCUGGAAAAGGAAAAAGCGAGACUGAAAUUAUAUUAAUAGAGAAAAUAGGCCCACUGUAAAUUCCAAGUUACAGAAAUGCUUCCAGAAAUUUGCUUCGUUUUUGUUUUUAA